GCCGCACCCAAGCAGGUUUGAUGGCGGAUGGGCGGAGCGACGACGCAGAGCCGAGCAGCGCAGAGAUAAACCCGCUCUGAAGCCACCGGGCAGCGGAUCAACAAAACACCCCGAGACGGAGAACACCACCGUCCAUCUUCUACCGAGCCUCGUUUCUAUUCCCCCGCGUCUUCACAGAGAGGGAGGCCAGGAUGAACGGCGAUUCAAGUGCCGGAGUGGUGACGGCCCCCCCUCCCACCACUGCCCCCCACAAGGAACGGUACUUUGACCGUGUGGAUGAGAGUAGUCCGGAGUACCAGAGGGAGAGGAACAUGGCGCCUGACCUGCGGCAGGACUUUAACAUGAUGGAGCAGAGGAAGCGGGUCUCCAUGAUACUUCAGAGCCCGGCCUUCUGCGAGGAGCUGGAGACAAUGAUCCAGGAUCAGCUGAAGAAGGGGAAGACGCCCACAAGCCUUUUGGCUCUGCAGCAGAUCGCAGACUUCAUGACCACCAGCAUGCCUUCCAUGUAUCCCGCUGCACCACAAGGAGGCAUGGCAGCGCUCAACAUGAGUUUGGGUAUGGUGACUCCCGUGAACGAUCUGCGAGGCUCAGACUCUAUCUCCUAUGAAAAAGGAGAGAAGCUACUUCGCUGCAAGCUGGCCGCCUUUUAUCGGCUCAUUGACUUGUUUGGCUGGGCGCAGCUCAUCUUCAACCACAUCACAGUCAGGGUGAAUUCAGAUGAGCAGCGGUUCCUUAUUGUCCCUUUUGGGCUCCUGUACAGUGAAGUCACUGCCUCCAGUCUGAUUAAGAUAAACUUUCAAGGUGAGGUAGUCGACCGGGGAAGCACCAACCUUGGAGUCAACCAGGCCGGCUUCACUCUCCACUCUUCCAUCUAUGCCUCACGGCCCGAUGUCAAAUGUAUCGUACAUUUACACACAGCUGCGGGUUCUGCGGUGUCUGCCAUGAAAUGUGGUCUGUUGCCAAUCUCACCUGAGGCGCUGUCUUUAGGCGAGGUGGCCUACCAUGACUACCACGGUAUACUGGUGGAUAGCGAGGAGAGUGCCCUUAUACAGAAAAACCUAGGGCCUAAGAGCAAGGUGCUCAUCCUGAGGAACCAUGGGUUGGUGACUUUGGGUGAAACAAUAGAGGAAGCUUUCUUUUACACCCAGAACCUGGUCACUGCCUGUGAAAUCCAGGUGCGAACACUGGCCAGCGCUGGAGGACCAGAUAAUCUGGUGAUGCUGGACCCGGGGAAAUAUAAGUCACGUUCAAAGGCCCCUGAGCUGGUCGGCGACGGGUCCUCUACAAACCCCAAGUGGCAAAUCGGGGAGCAGGAGUUUGAGGCAUUUAUGAGAAUGCUCGACAAUUUGGGCUACAGGACGGGCUAUCCUUACCGCUGCCCGGCAUUGCGGGACAAAGGUAAAAAGUACAGUGAUGUGGAGAACGCUCCCUCUACCCACGGUGGUUACUCAUACGGGGAGGACAGCGACUCAGGCGCUCGCUCCCCGCUGAAACACAGCUUCCAGCGCGGCCAGCGUGACAAGACCCGCUGGCUCAAUGCCGGUGGCCGGCCCGAUGAGCCCUGCGAGGAUGGGCCUGACGCCAGCAGCCCCAAGUCGAAGCCUAAGGUGUGGACGAACAUAACACACGAUCACGUCAAACCCUUGCUGCAGUCUCUCUCGUCCGGUGUCUGCGUGCCAAGCUGUAUAACCAACUGCUUGUGGUCAAAGGAAGAUGGCCUCCGCCAGGCUGCCGUAGCCAAUCAGUUCAUCCCGUUGAACACCAACCCAAAGGAUGUCCUGGAAAUGCGUAAUAAGAUCCGGGAGCAGAACCUGCAGGACAUUAAGACAGCAGGACCCCAGUCUCAGGUUCUCUGUGCCAGCACCGUUGGGGAACGCACCUUUACCCAGAGAUUGUCAAUGUGGCAGGACGCCCCUCUGUCUGACUGUACAGAUACUAUUGAUGGCCUUGAUGUGUCCGAGGGGUCCUAUAGUCCUGCUAAAUCAAUUAGAAAGGGGGAGCUCGUGACCGCGUCCAAGGCCAUCAUUGAAAAGGAGUACCAGCCAAAGGUCAUCGUCAGCAAGCAGGGUCCCAACCCCUUCACCAAACUCACUGACAAGGAGCUAGAGGAGUACCGCAGGGAAGUGGAACAGAAACAAAAAGGGCCUGAAGAAGCAGACCCAGAGCAACUAGCAGAACCUGUGGAGGAGCCAAAAGGCCAAAAAAUCACCUCCACACCCCCCAGCACCCCAGUCAGAGCAGAGGAAGAGUCCUUGCCUGAACAAACCUUUAAGGACGAGAGUGAUGCAGCCACCCUGAGACAGACCCUUCCCGAUUUAACGCCCGACGACCCCUCCGACGCCCCAGCGCUUCCUGCUGAAGAACCCGCCUCCGCCCCUGCCAUCGCAGACGUGGAUGCAGCCGAGGGCGAGGAAGCUGCUGAUGUCGCUGAUGUCGCUGCUGCUGAUGCUGCUGAUGCUGCUGAUGCUGCUGAUGCUGCUGAUGCCGCUGAUGCCGCUGAUGCCGCUGAUGCCGCUGACGCCGCUGACACAGGCGACCAUGAAGGUGACGAGUCUCCCAGCAAAUCACCCUCCAAAAAGAAAAAGAAGUUCCGCACUCCUUCCUUCCUAAAGAAAAACAAAAAAAAGACAGAGUCGUAGAUUGGGAACGUCGGUGCAGUCCUGAAGGCUGACGUCUGCCUCUUUUCAUUUCUGCUUUUUGUCCACUAUCGUAUCACCCUUCGAACAAGCCACAGUUACACACAUUUAUGCUUUUUGUUGUUUUGAUAUCAUUUGUCGUUGGCUUAUUAACCUAUUUUUCCUCGUUAGCGCGUGCCAAUUUUGUAUACAGUGUAAAAAUGAUUGCAUAAAGGUUUGUAAUUACUAGAGGCUUUUAGUUGUGAGAGAUGCAUUCAGUCUUCAGUCUGGCCUUUCACGCAUGUCUCUAACUACAGGCCCACAGACUUGAUGUGAGGUUUCAGGGUUUUAUCACCCUCAUUUUUUUAAAGAAAAGGAGAGAAUUACUAAACUGUUGUAACCACUAGAAUGUAUUGGGAUUGUAUCAAAAUGUCUAAGUGUCUUUAAAAUACACUGAAAGAGAAGCUUGUACCCUCACAUGUAACUGGAGGUUACAUGUGAUGGAAAGAACUACAAAUUGCAUUGUGCUGAUUUAACCUCUGAAGCUGUGCAUUCAUUUUAAUCACGUGUCGACAGGAAACUCAGUUAAGAUACUUUCAGCGGAUCAUUUAGCCAUUGAAAAUGUAAUCACACAGAAUCCAUAUUAAUGUCUUCAUAAUCCAAUACUUUAUCUGCAUUCAGCCUGAGAAACAUCAGAGGUUUUGUUGAAUAUGUAAAAAUCUUUUUUCCCAAAUGAGUUAGCACAGAACUAAGGCAUGUUAUAUAGGUCUGAAUAUGAUGUGGAUUGAUUAAAAACACACAUCUGCAGUGUGAAUGAUCCCUGUAAGUGUAAGAGAGUGUUGUGCUUGCCCAUUAUUCACAGGGGUUGAUGAUGUAUUUGCUACUGGCUCGUAAGUCUUUAGUAUGGAGGAAUGUGUAAAAACAAUCUCAGUUCAUGGGUUUUGGUUGUCUUUUUUGGAUUGAUUGCAAUUAAUGGUUCUUGACUUUGUUCUAAAUGUACCCUCUGAUUUCUCUGUUUCUGUGAAAGGCAGAAAAAGACAGAUAUGCUUUUUAUUGUGUGAGAAUACAUGUUAUUUUGUUCUCGAGUACAUCCUUUGUUUUUCUUUCUUUAAAACCUCUUGCGCUUUUUCCUCACAAAAUAGAUGAGCCAUAAUGACUUGCUGUGAGAGAGCACCGUGAACCUGCUCGUUCAUAAACCACUAUCGCACAGAUGGUCCCAGUCCAUCGUAGAGGUAGAUGCAGAUGUGGGGGAGCAUAUAAAUGACAAAGUCACCAAGCUGCAUGAUUAAUCGUACUUCAGAACUGGACUUUCCUGUGUGCAGCUCAGCUCAGAACAAACAGCCACUGAAUACCUGUUUGUUUCCAGUUGCAGUAAACAUGCACUGGGGGAGCAGUUCCCCUUUUUCUUUUCUCACAGAUGUGUAAUCAUUAGUGUGACUGCAGUUGAGUUGUGCUUGAGGUUACAGGGCAUUAAUACCAAGGCCAGCUCCAUGCGUUGCUUCCUAACCCUGUUUAUUCAUCCUGUGGUAGCCAAUGAUUAGUCCUCAGUCAGUCUAACUCUUGGUGAAGUGAACGACAACACUAACAGGAAACUUCACCUACUCUGAGAUGAUUAUAAACAUCAUUGUUAGUUCACUGCAGGUGUUUUACCUACAGAGCUACAUAUAAGCUGAGAGCUCCUGAAGGACUGCAUGUGUAGAGUGUUUAGAGCGUGAACUGUCCUGACUAAUGACCCCUUUUAGUUGAUUUCUAUUUAAAUGUAGCUCUAGUGUGCUGAUGAUUAUACUCAAGUCCUUGUAUUCAUAGUUUUCAUCUGAGUAAACCACAAGUUUAUUUUAUUUUACCCCUCAGAUAUGCUGAUUUGUGUUCUGUCUCAGCUCUUCCAAUUUAAAUGUCUCAUUAAACAUCUGCAGACUUAAAACUUCCACCUCUCUUUUCUGAUGCUUCUGUCUCUUUUACAACCAUGAAUAAAAACACUUCAUUAUCA